ACCUCGCCCAAGGAGGCGCUGGUCAAGGAAUUCGUGGGCAAGUCGAUUGCCGACGUGCCCACGCCGGCGGCGGUGAUGAACGUUGCGGCGGCGAGGCGGAAUUGCGAGCGGAUGCUGGAGGCUGCGAAGAAGCUUGAUUUGGGGUGGAGGGCGCAUGUGAAGACGCACAAGACGGUUGAGUUGACGAGACUGCAAGUUGGAGAGGAUCUGUCGAGGCCGGCGAAUUUGAUUGUCUCGACGUUGUCCGAGGCAGAGUUUAUUUUGCCCUUGUUGGAGGAGUAUAAGAAGAAGGGGAGGGAGGUGAACUUUGUCUACGGCCUACCCAUCUCCAAGGGAGCAGUGCCUCAGUUGGCGGAAGUUGUCAAAGUUCUCGGCGAGGGCAGCAUCUCGAUUCUCCUGGACGAUCCUGCACAGCUGGAGGCUGCGGCGGAGCUGAAGAAGCAGUCUGGCGUUGCGCCGCUGGCUCAUAUCAAGAUUGAUAUGGGAGGACGCCGAGCUGGCGUUGUGGAGAGCAGUGAACGGUUUGUGGAGGUUGCUGAUGCGGCGUUGGAGGCGCACAAGGCUGGGAGCUUGAUUCUCUCGGGGCUGUAUUCACAUGCUGGGCAUUCUUACGGGGGGGAUAGCCGCGUGGCUGCUAUCAAGAUGCUCUAUGCGGAGAUUGAUGCCAUGCUGAGAGGUGCGGACAGGCUCUCUCUGAAGGCGAAGGAGUUGGGGGUUCAGAUCCCGACGCUGGUGGUUUCUGCGGGAGCUUCUCCUACGGCACUGUCGGUGCAGAAUCUACUCGGUGGACAAGAUGAGGCUCAGGAUAGUGAGACGGGCACGCCGGAGCUCAAGGCGGCGGUAACGGAACUCUCAGAGCUCUUCAAGACGGUCAAGAGCAAAGGGCACGCCGUCGAGAUCCACGCAGGCGUCUACCCAACGCUCGAUCUGCAGCAGCUCGCCGCCCACAGCCUGUCGUCGUCGACGCUCUCGUGGCGCGACAUUGCCCUCACCGUCGUGGCCGAGGUGCACGGCGUGUAUCCCGGCCGCGGCGACAACGGCACGGACGAGGCGCUCAUUGGCGCGGGUGGCCUGGCGCUGGGUCGCGAGUUCUGCAAAGCCUACGAUGGCAUGGCGAUGGUGACGCCGUGGGGGCGCAAGGGCGUGGAAUUGCCGACGUGCGAUGUGGAGGAUCAUGAGGGCUGGACGGUGGGCAGGUUCUCGCAGGAGCACGGCAUCUUGACGUGGGCGGCGGGCAAGGGGAGGAGGGAGAAGGAGACGCAGCCACGGGAUGCGAUGGAGGCGGGACAGAAGGUGAGGCUGUGGCCGAACCAUGCGUGCAUCACGAGUAGUCACUUUGGGUGGUAUUUCGUGGUGGAUGAGGAUAGGAAGGGUCAUGAGGACGAGAUUGUGGAUGUUUGGAUCAAGGCCAGGGGGUGGUAG